ACGGACCCAUCUGUCCUGUGUGAGGCUGUCAGACAGAACAGAUCUGUUCUCUCUGAAACGGCACCAACAUUUAGAACAUUCUGCAGCAUUGGACCAUGCAGAGACGAACUAACAGGAGAGGAUACACAGAAUAUUUUGUUAAAGACAAACAUCUGAAGCUAAACAAUCUGAAACUGGAAGCUGAAAGGUUUGGUUUAGAAAACAGAUACCUCCGCACAGAAAACAUUCCAGAAUAUCCUAAACCAGAGUUCCACACGAGUCUUCUGAAACAUGAAACUACAGGAUCAGCAUUAGGUGGGAUCAGGAAUGAUGGAGGCUUCAGGAAUCCAUACGGAGGACCCCUGAUAUGGUGGAGUCUGGCUGUGGGACCAGAAGAGUUGAAGGAUGCAGAGGUGAGGCUCGUGGAGAAGACUUUCCCAGAUCGGAUGGAGGUGGAAGAUCCUGAGCAGCAGAGCUUCCUGUGGAGGUUUGCCACCUCUCCAGCCUUCGUGGAAACAUCCCGGCUGGGCACGUACCGCUUCACCUUCCCACUGGAGGAGGUUUUGACAGCCUACAGAGACCAGUUUUGCUCCGGUUUCCAGCCCAUCAUGCGGGUGUACGAGACUGUCCUAUACAAGCAAGAAGUGAUGCACGUCGUUCUGGUCCACAGUCCAGCUCAUCAGAACUUCUCACACUGCCCUUUUCUGACUGAUGACCCCGAAGCCGUCUGUGUUUACAGAGAUGGGCAUUUUAUCUGGAGGUCAGAGGCCAUGUGUGGAAAACACUGGUUGGAGCUGGUCAGCAGACCUGACAGCCAGCAGCUGGAGGCCUGUGGUGUAGCUGAGGACCUGUAUUAUGUUUGGGACCAUGUUGCUGUUGCACUGCAUGUUGGGAACAAACAGGUGCUAAAGUUUGAUGCUGAUCGACUGAGAAACAACCUGAAGUACUGUCUCCAAGACGACGUUAACUACACUCUAAGGGAUCACGUAGCGGUCAGUUUUGAUGAUGCUAAAAGGGUGGUGAAGAACUGGUGGCCGGACUGGAGCGGUCAUCUGGAGAUGGAGAGUUCGCUGCAGCAGAGUUUGACAGUUACAGACAUCAAACUGGUUCUAGUUGGAUGGCCUGGAGUGGGCAAGAGCUCCAGUGUGAACACCAUACUGGGAAUAAAUGCCUCUAGCUGGGGUGCAGCUGUUCCACCCUCAGGUAGAACCCGGUGCUGUCUGAAGAGAGGGAACAUCUUCAACGGGGAGGUGACCAUCAUCGACACUCCAGGACUCUCAAGAACAUCCAAGCCUGAGUUCAAGGAACAACUCUUCAGAUGCAUCAACCUGUCAACCCCUGAACCCUACGCAGUCCUGCUGGUGAUCAGACUGGGGUUCUUCACCACAGAAGUUGAGGAAACAGUGAAGCAGAUGCAGGAAAUGUUUGGGGAAAAUGUCUGGAGCCGCACCAUGAUCCUCUUCACCCACCAGGACCAGGCUGAACCAGACAUCCAGAACCAGCUGGAGAAGAAUGGAAACCAGCUAAAGAUUCUGUUUGAGAAAGUGGGCAACCGAUUUCAGGUCCUUAAUAACAACCUGGGCCCCAGAGAUGUCCAACAGGUCUGGGAUCUGUUGUUUGAGGUGAAAGAGAUGCUGGUUAACAAUAAUAGAAGGGAGUUAACUGGAUAGAACCAUAUUUCCAACACCUGAGUGAAUUGAGCUCACGCUGAGCUGGGUUCAAAGGUAUCCUGCAGGGAUGGGCAACAACCUUCACACACGAUGUCAGCUUCAACCCAUGAUUAUUCACAUUCUGCUCCAUAUUCUGGCUUUUCGACUCACGCUUCAUUCUCAGGGGCUGCAGCAGAAACACUUAUGUGUUUUAUGCACAAAUGAGGACCAGAACCAUUACACUGGGCACCAUAUCAUACAGUUUGCAGAUGAUUUUGUCAUUGUAACGCUUUUAAGAAGUGAAAACAUGCAACAUGGCCUGGUAGUUAAUGGUUUAAAAAUGGUGCAAAGAUUCUUUGAAAAACAGAAUAAAGCCAUCUUCUAAACCUGUCAGUCCAGUGACUGCUGGAGAUAAACGCACCAAAUGAAGCAACAAACAUAGCUGGUCUGCAAUGAUCAUCAGUCCUUUUAACAAGCCACAGCAGCAGGCCCACUCUAUGAACUCACCCACUGAAGAACACAUGAAAAUAUCUGGAGGCAUAAAAUGAAAAAUGAAGCAGUUUAACUAGUUUUAUUUCCACUGAAUGACUUGUUUUGGACUUAGUACCGCAUUUAUCACUGGCUUUUAUUGAGUGAUCUACGUAUGAUUCUUGGAGCUCCUCCGGGCUUCACAGCGGACUGGACCAGACCGGAGCAGAUACUGUGUAAAUCCAGUACAGUACAGUAAACAAGGGCGUAACUUUGACUCUAGCAUUGGGAGGGUUAAGCUCUCUGCCUAGUUAUUUAUUUAUUGAAUCGUUUACUUUUGGAAAAGGAGUCAGAGGAGUCCAGAAAUUCAUUCUAAUGCUUUUACUGUGAUUUACUUAACUUUCCUGUUUUCUUUGUAUUUAUUGUGGUUUUUCUGUUCCACAUCAGUUCAGCAAUUUAUAAAAGGCUUACUUUUUCUAACACAGAACCAAAUAUUUAACAUUUUUAGAGAACCUUCAUGUUCAUGAAUGGUGCAUUGUGGUGUUUCUGGGGUCUGGAAUGGAUUAAUUGUAUUUCAAUUCAUUUCAAUGAGGAAAAUGGAUUCCACAUAUGAAUAAUUUAUCCAUCAUGGAACAAAUUAACUUAUAAAGUAGAGGCACCACCAGGGGCGUUUGUAGGGUCUGAACCUUUGGGGUCUUCAGCCCAGGCCCUAAAUAGUUCAUUUUCACCAGACAGCGGCCCAGUUUAUAAGUCUCUUAAAGUAACACAGGACAUGUUGUAGCAGCUCUCUGCCUUGGCUGGGUUUUCAUUGAAUGUAAAUUAUUGUGAAUUAAACAAAAAAUCUUCACAAUAAUUUGACCUGGUUUUAAUUUUUUGUUAGUAGUUGACGUGAAGGAUGAAGAGAAACAGUUUAAAGAUCAUUUGGUUGAAGCAGAUAAUGACACAUUUUGUGAUAUUUGGAAAAAACUUUCUGCUCGGUCCGUCGGACUAAAGUUGUUCAUAAACUCAGAGAAACUAUGCUUACUGCGGUUCAAAUAAAUGUGCUUCUUUUCUCCUCUAUGAAAAUGACUUUUUAAAAUUUUACUCUCUUACUCUCUCUCCAAACCCUGAGGCUCCAUUGUCAUAAUUUUUUACAUUUAUAAAAAGAAAACUGGUAUAAAAUUGAUUUUCUGGUAAGACCCUAAAAACACAUUUAUUGAUUUUAAUUAUUCUGUGAGCCAUCCCGACAUUUCAUUAAAAUAUGUUCCUCCUUUCAUGAA